UAUCCCUCGUCUGACUCCAGGUAACUGCUGCUGCUGGCAGCAUUGUCCUGUCUCACCAUGCACCCCAAGCUCUUCAUCAAGGUGGUGCCGCCUGACCAGAGCCUGUACAAGUCUUAUGCCGGCAUCUUCCAUUUCAAGUUCUGGCAGUAUGGUGAGUGGGUGGAGGUGGUUGUGGACGACAGGCUGCCAGUACGAGAGGGCCGUCUGCUCUUCAGCUACUCUCACACCCGCAAUGAGUACUGGAGCGCCCUGGUGGAGAAGGCCUAUGCCAAGUUAAUCGGAUCAUACGGAAGUCUGAAGGGUGGCAACAUCUCGGAGGGGAUGGAGGAUUUCACAGGUGGCAUCGCGUACUCACUGCCGGUGUCCUCUCACACGCCUCGUGUCUUGUGGAGGCUGCUGACAGCUGCCCUUGUUCGAGGCAGCCUGCUCAGCUGCUUCAUUCAGGCCAACAACUACCGGGAGGUAGGCAAAAUAAAUGGAGAUGGUCUGAUAAAGGGCCAUGCCUACGCCAUCACUGAAACCGACCAGGUGAAGCAUGAGUCCGGGGACAUUUUGCUCCUGAGGCUGAGGAAUCCUUGGGGCUUUGUUGAAUACAGCGGACCUUGGAGUGACAAGAGCAAGGAGUGGAGUGACGUAUCCAAAGAGGAGAAAGAGAGGCUGGAAAUGAAAAAGCGAGAAGAUGGAGAGUUCUGGAUCAGUGCUGAGGAUUUUUGCAGCAAGUUUGACUUGGCGGAGCUGUGCAGCGUUAAUCCUGACACACUCGUGGCGAGCAAGGCGGAGCAUCCUCCUAGCUCCGCCCCCUCUCAGUGGACCAUCAACGAGCACGAAGGAUUGUGGAUCCCAGGGAGCUCUGCUGGUGGAAGCCGGAAAUACCACCGAUCCUUCUGGAAGAACCCCCAGUUUGAGCUGGUUCUCACGGAGCAAGAUCAGCCCGAGGAGGAUGAUGAGGACGACGAAGCGGAGGAGGACGAAGAGGAAGAGGACGGUGUGUCACUGGAGGGCAAAAAACCGGAGAAGCAGAAGAUGAAAGCCAAAAAGUGCACCGUUUUGGUGGAAGUCCUGCAGAAAGACCGGAGGCAGCGGGACAAAAUCCACUUCCUCUACAUGGCUUUUCACAUCUACAAGGUUCCACCCGAGCUUCAAGGGGUGUGUCUGCAGCGCAGCUUCUUCCUGAAAAAUCGCCCAGUCGGCCGCUCGGGGAAAUACAAGGCUCAAAGGGGAGUGUGGAGGAAAGUGCACCUGGACCCCGGUCACUACGUCCUUGUGGCGUCCACCUUUCGACCCAACCAGCCUGGAGAGUUCUUUGUGCGCAUCUUCUCCAAAACCGGGAACACAUUGGGAACUCAGGACUUCAUGUGCGUUUCUGGCUAUCUUCCGGUGAUGUCAGCUCCUGUGGCCCCGGAGGACAAAAUGAGAGUUGUGAGGGCUUUUGAUGAAGAAGCUGGACCAGAUGACAGGUUGAACGCCAAGGAGCUCAUGAAGAUCUUUAACUCAGUCCUGGACAGAAGUUACCAGCUGCCACUGGAGACGUGCAGACAGCUCAUCCUUGCAGGGGAUACUAAAGGAAGAGCAAGUCUGAACCGUCAACAAACUGAAGUCCUGCUCUCUGACCUACGCCACCUUCAGUCCAUCUUUUUCCAGUUUGAUGAGGACUCUUCUGGGACCAUGAGUCCUUUUGAACUCUCUGCCGCUCUACAGGCUGUGGGGAUGAAGUGUGACAAUAAAGUUGUUCAGCUGAUGUCUGAGCGCUUUGCAUCUGGAGAGUUUCACCUGGCCUUCCAUGGCUUUGUGGCAGGUGUCACCAGGCUGCGCAAGCUCUUUGCGCUGUAUGACUCUGAGAGCAGUCAAGAGGUAAAAGACAGAGGCAUCAACUCUUGGCUCAUUCAGUUUCUGGUGGUGUGAUGGGCAUCUCCACAAGGACUCAGCAUUGCUCCGAUGACUGACACACCAACACACACACACACACGCACACACACACUAUUUUCCAAUAUUUCACGACGAAAGAUGUGUGAUGGGCAUCUCCACAAGGACUCAGCGUUGCUCUGAUGACUUACACACCAACACACACACACACACACUAUUUUCCAAUAUUUCACGAUGAAAGAUGUGUGAUGGGCAUCUCCACAAGGACUCAGCAUUGCUCCGAUGACUUACACACCAACACACACACACACACACACACGCACGCACACACACACUAUUUUCCAAUAUUUCACGAUGAAAGAUGUGUGAUGGGCAUCUCCACAAGGACUCAGCAUUGCUCCGAUGACUGACACACCAACACACACACACGCGCACGCACACCCACACUAUUUUCCAAUAUUUCACGACGAAAGAUGUGUGAUGGGCAUCUCCACAAGGACUCAGCAUUGCUCCGAUGACUUACACACCAACACACGCACACACACGCACGCACACACACACUAUUUUCCAAUAUUUCCCGAUGAAAGAUGUGUGAUGGGCAUCUCCACAAGGACUCAGCAUUGCUCCGAUGACUGACACACCAAUACCCACGCACACACACACUAUUUUCCAAUAUUUCCCGAUGAAAGAUGUGUGAUGGGCAUCUCCACAAGGACUCAGCAUUGCUCCGAUGACUUACACACCAACACACACACACACACACGCACACACACACACACUAUUUUCCAAUAUUUCACGAUGAAAGAUGUGUGAUGGGCAUCUCCACAAGGACUCAGCAUUGCUCCGAUGACUGACACACCAACACACACACACACGCACGCACACACACACUAUUUUCCAAUAUUUCCCGAUGAAAGAUGUGUGAUGGGCAUCUCCACAAGGACUCAGCAUUGCUCCGAUGACUGACACACCAACACCCACGCACACACACACUAUUUUCCAAUAUUUCACGAUGAAAGAUGUGUGAUGGGCAUCUCCACAAGGACUCAGCAUUGCUCCGAUGACUUACACACCAACACACACACACACACACGCACACAAUAUUUUCCAAUAUUUCACGAUGAAAGAUGUGUGAUGGGCAUCUCCACAAGGACUCAGCAUUGCUCCGAUGACUUACACACCAACACACACACACACACACGCACGCACACACACACUAUUUUCCAAUAUUUCACGAUGAAAGAUGUGUGAUGGGCAUCUCUAGAAGGACUCAGCAUUGCUCCGAUGACUUACACACCAACACACACACGCACACACUAUUUUCCAAUAUUUCACGAUGAAAGAUGUGUGAUGGGCAUCUCCACAAGGACUCAGCAUUGCUCCGAUGACUUACACACCAACACACACACACACACACGCACGCACGCACACACACACUAUUUUCCAAUAUUUCACGAUGAAAGAUGUGUGAUGGGCAUCUCCACAAGGACUCAGCAUUGCUCUGAUGACUGACAAACCAACACACACACACACACACACACACACACACACGCACGCACACACACACUAUUUUCCAAUAUUUCCCGAUGAAAGAUGUGUGAUGGGCAUCUCCACAAGGACUCAGCAUUGCUCCGAUGACUGACACACCACCACCCACGCGCACACACACUAUUUUCCAAUAUUUCACGAUGAAAGAUGUGUGAUGGGCAUCUCCACAAGGACUCAGCAUUGCUCCGAUGACUUACACACCAACACACACACACACACGCACACACUAUUUUCCAAUAUUUCACGAUGAAAGAUGUGUGAUGGGCAUCUCCACAAGGACUCAGCAUUGCUCCGAUGACUUACACACCAACACACACACACACGCACACACACACUAUUUUCCAAAAUUUCACGAUGAAAGAUGUGUGAUGGGCAUCUCCACAAGGACUCAGCAUUGCUCCGAUGACUUACACACCAACACACACACACACACUAUUUUCCAAUAUUUCACGAUGAAAGAUGUGUGAUGGGCAUCUCCACAAGGACUCAGCAUUGCUCCGAUGACUUACUCACCAACACACACACACACACACGCACGCACAGACAAACUAUUUUCCAAUAUUUCACGAUGAAAGAUGUGUGAUGGGCAUCUCCACAAGAACUCAGCAUUGCUCCGAUGACUGACACACCAACACGCACGCACACACACACUAUUUUCCAAUAUUUCACGAUGAAAGAUGUGUGAUGGGCAUCUCCACAAGGACUCAGCAUUGCUCCGAUGACUUACACACCAACACACGCACACACACACACACUAUUUUCCAAUAUUUCACGAUGAAAGAUGUCUCCAAUAUUUUGGUUAGCUUAUGUAUCUCUUAAUUAAAUGCAGCACUAUUCCUGUGAGAGUGGCGACGUACUAGGAAGCCCUCUUACUAAAAUAUGCUAGGAAUUAUUUACCAGUGCAAACUACAGCAAGAAUCAAAUGCAUAACUAAAUUACUGUCAUUGUUUUAUUAUUUUCAAUAAUAAUCAUCUUGACCCUCAGGGGACAUUGGAGUUUAAUUACCGUAUUUUUCGCACUAAAGGCGCACCUAAAAACCUCAAAUUUUCUCAAAAGCUGGCAGUGCGCCUUAUAAUCCGGUGCGCCUUAUAUAUGGACCAAUAUUGAGCCGACUUUGUUUUCCCACGUAGAAGAAGUGCACUUCUUUCAAAUUUGGCAUAGUAUUGUGUAAAAUGGAGGAACACAACACAAAUUGGGCCAAAAUACAUCAAAAAUGUACUAAAAUGACAAAAAAGUUUGUCCCCGGAGGGUUAAUUUGUGAUUACUGAUAAUAUCAAUCUGAGGUCCUGAUUAUUCUCAUAUUCUUUGUAUUUACUGUACGUUGACAAAAUAAGUCACAUCAAAUUUGAAAAUGUGUUUUUAAAUCACAAAAAUCUGUUUUCUGAUUUUUUUUAAAAUUGCUAUUCAUUGUAGUAUUGAACAGUAGGAAUGACUUGUUAUUGUUAUCAAUUGAUCAGAUAUGAUUCCAUGUGUAUUAUUAUCCAGUCUAACACUUUCAUAACAUUUCCCAGUCUGCAAGCAGGUAAAAGGCAAUGAUGUAAUGCAUGAUGAUCCCUCAUAAACAAUUAACAAAUAAAAUGUGUAACAAAUGAA